AUGGUCCGGAAAACCGAUCAUUCGUCAGCCUCGACUGCGCCCAAUAGUGGUCACGAAGAGACUUCAAGCGAAGCUUCAUUUGAGUUGAUUCCCGAACUGGACGAUGCCAUCUCCGUUGCAGACACCGUAACCACAGGCGCUGAUACCCCAUCAGUCUCAACGGCUCAACACAGUGGUGAUGGCAACGUCGUCUUCGACCACGUCCCUGUCCCUUCCGGCCUCGUCAGAAGAGGAAGUGCCGGCUCCACCCCCACUCUGGAGGCUGGUACGGUCACAAGCUCGGGAAUUGGUAGUGCAACACCUACCACAUCAUCUUUCGUCGACGUAAUGGACGUCGAUGAACCUCUUUCCCUCUCCUCUGAACCUUGGGUUGAAAUACCACCAACUGACGUCAGCUCAGUACACACGGGAAUCAGCACUGCAGACACUCUAGUUGGUUCCGAAGAUGGCUCAAACAUCGGUGCUAGGAGACACAGACGACCAGUAGUGGAACAUAUACAAAGCCAGAACCCAGGCGACGGUAUUCAAGUGAACUCAAGUGGUUUACCAGCGGGCAGAUCAACAGUGGGAGAUACAAUUUUCAUAGCUCCACAAGCAUACGAUUCGGGUUUCCAGUUCAACGCAGGUGGGAUCGACGAAAAUCAACGAGAGUUGGUGUUAGCUGCGUUGGGCGCUCAUGACGCUAUGCGAAAACGAUCAAUGAGUACGGACGGGGUCGCUUCUGCUGCUACUCAAGGGAUCGAAGUCAAUCCUCCAACUUAUGAAGGUGAACUUCCAGAUGAUCCUGAAAUUUACAAUCUCGAUGAUCUCGAUUUAUCACCUGAGGCUCGUCGAAGAGCCGAAAUGAGAUUGGAAGAACAACGAUCGGGAAUCCGAAUCAUCCCUCAUGACGAUAUUUGGCCCCAAGAGGGUGGCCAGUCCCCCAUGGAUACAGAAAGAGAAUAUGCAUCUGAUCCGAAAGAGCAAGAGAUGGAAGAAGAAUAUGACGACGAUGAUGAUGAAGGAUCAGUCUUCGAAGAGCCAGUAGAAGACGAGCCUGAACCUGUCACUGUCGGUUCUGGCUCGACUGUCCAUAUCAAUCCUAUCGUGGAGGGUCAAGGGUUCCAAUUGAAUCUCAGCGCUGGAUCGAACACCAAUUCGAUCUACAGGAAUAACAAGGUCUCGGGCCAGGGUAGACAAAUAAAUGGUGAUGUCACUGAUCCAGCAAUAAUCGCCAACUUCUUCAAUCGUCGAUGGUAA